AUGGAUACUCCAAUUGAAACCAAUACUCGGUAUUCCUUAACCGAUGGCUCACCUUUGCCAGAUCCAGCCUUGUAUCUUACUAUUAUUGGCAGCUUGGUUCACCUCACCAUCACCCGUCCUAAUAUUGCUCAUGAUGUACACAUUGUUAGUCAAUUUGUUACUGCGCCUACUACAGUUCAUUGGAGUGUUGUUCUUCGUAUUCUCCAGUAUCUUCGGGGAACUCAGUUUCAGAGCCUUCUUCUUUCUUCCUCUUCUUCCUUGGAUCUUCGAGCGUUCUCUGAUGUUGAUUGGCCUAGUGAUCCCUCCGAUCGCAAGUCCACCACAGGGUUUUGUAUCAUUCUUGGUGAUUCUUUGAUUUCAAGGAAGAGAAAGAAGCAAGAUGUGAUCUCUAGAUCUUCCAUGGAAGCUGAGUAUCGUGUUAUGGCCUCUACGACCUGUGAGCCUGUUUGGUUACGAUAG